AGUGGGUGCCAGUACCAGGUACUCGGGACUCCCAACCCACGCGAAGCGAGAAAGGCAGCGACGGCCGCGUCGGACCCCGGGUUCGCUCCGCGGAGCAGUGACCAGGAGGGGUGGGCAGAGCGGGGCCCAGCCCGGACGCCGGCUCGACACGUGUGACCCCUCGUGUGCCCGAGGCCCCGCCGCAUCUGUAGGCACACCCAUCGCCUCCUUGGCCAGGACUCACCUGGGCAACACCGUGGCCAGAAGCCCUCAACUGCCAUCUGUGACCCCAACACUUGGGACCCCAACACCCGGGAGGGACUACCCGUGGAGACUCACGCGGAACCCUCCUCUCAACCUGCGCCAUCCCCCGACUGCCCCCGCGACCCCAGCCCUCGCCGCGGAGGGCGCGCCGUUCUCUCUACUCCCAGCCUUUUUGGAGGGAGCAAUGGCCGUGGCUCCCGACGGGGCGACCCCGCGCGUGCUCUUCGGAGACUGGCUUCUGGGCGAGGUCAGCAGCGGCCGCUACGAGGGACUACGGUGGCUGGACGCGGCCCGAACGCGCUUCCGCGUGCCCUGGAAGCACUUCGCGCGGAAGGACCUUGGAGAGGCCGACUCGCGCAUCUUCAAGGCCUGGGCUGUGGCCCGCGGCAGGUGGCCUCUCCAUAGCAGCGGAGGUGCCCGGCCGACCGCCGAGAGUGCGCUCCGAGCUUCCUGGAAAACUAACUUCCGCUGCGCGCUGCGCUGUACGCGGCGCUUCGUGAUGUUGCAAGACAACUCGGGGGACCCUACCGACCCUCAUAAGGUGUACAUGGUCACCCCCGAGCCGGCGUGCGAAGAGUCGCAAGUCCAGUGUUCCCCCAACCCUAAUUCUCCCUCAGAAAGCCCAGGCAUUAGCCAGGGGGAGGACGAGGCCCUUGAAGAUGCCCCACCUACAAGGGAUGGGCUUCUGGGGCCAUACCUGGCAGCAGAUGCUGGCGAGAGGCUGGGGCAUGGGCUGGCCGGGCUGAGCCCUGAGCCCUGUGCCUCAAGCCCAGCUGGAGAUGCUGGGGACCUAUUGCUCCAGGCUCUGCAGCAGAGCUGCCUGGAGGACCAUCUGCUGACAGCUGCGUGUGGGGUGGAGCCGAUAGUCCCUGAGGCUCCUGACACAGGUCCACCCCCAGCCCCCGGGCAGCCCCGAGAGGCGGAGCCCCGCACCACAGCCUCCCCCAGUGCCUGCACCCUGAUGGCAGGGCAUCUGCACGUGGCUGGCCCCACCUGCUCACAGCUCGGUCUGCACACACUGCCCAGCUUGGGGGCCCUGGACUUGACCAUCACGUACAAGGGCCGAACAGUGCUGCAGGAGGUGGUGGGGCGCCCAAGCUGUGUGCUCCUGUAUGGCCCCCCCGGUGUAGGUGGUGGGGCUUCAGAGCCCCAGCGAGUAGCCUUUCCUAGCCCCGCCGAGCUGCCUGACCAGAAGCAGCUCCACUACACAGAGAAGCUGCUGCAGCACGUGGCCCCCGGCCUGCAGCUGGAACUCCGGGGUCUCAGGCUGUGGGCCCGGCGCCUGGGCAAGUGUAAGGUCUAUUGGGAGGUGGGAGGGCCCCUGGGCUCGGCCAGCCCCUCCACCCCCGCCUGCCUGCUGCCCCGGAACUGCGACACCGCCAUCUUUGACUUCGGCACCUUCUUCCAAGAACUGGGGGAGUUUCAGGCCUGCCGGCGCCGGGGCUCCCCUCACUACACCAUCUAUCUGGGCUUUGGGCAGGACCUGUCAGUGGGGAGGCCCAAGGAGAAGAGCCUGGUCCUGGUGAAGCUGGAGCCAUGGCUGUGCCGGGCAUACCUGGAGGGCGUGCAGCGCGAAGGCGCGUCCUCUCUGGACAGCAGCAGCCUCAGCCUCUGCCUGUCCAGCUCCAACAGCCUCUAUGAUGACCUGGAGCACUUCCUGGAGCACUUCCUGAUGGAGGUGGAGCAGCCUGGCUAGGCUGGGCCCCCAGCCCCUCCCGAUCUAAUAAAAAGAUCCC